AUGAUGGAGGAUUUGGACCAUCUGAACGAUGAGAAUAUCAAUAUAGAUGAGAACGAAUUUUUGGAAACACUUGAUAAUGCUGACGGGGACGUGAUCAAAACUUUUAGGAACGCUGACGGGUCAUUAAGUAGUCAUUUUGACAAGAGAAAAGUUCGUAUUGCUCCAAGGUCAACAUUGCAGUUCAAAAUAGGCCCAGGCUUUACGCCAGUGGUGCCCAAUCACAAGAUAUUGAACGAUUUUGGACAGAUUCAAGAAAUCAAAUUGGAGCCUCGGAUUGAUCGAGGGUUUGAUUUCAUAGAUGACGAUUGGAUUGGUUAUAAAAGAAAUUAUUUCACCGUGGUAACUUCAUUUGACACACCGGGGACUGAUCAUAUCGAGUUCAUGAAACAAGCGUAUCAUUUAGAUAACGGUGUGGAGAUCAAAUACUUCGCUACCAAAUUAGCCGCCAAGUGUUUGGAAGAUGAUAAAUUGAUUAACCUAGUUCAACACACUGCAAAGCGAGAUAAAGGCCCUCAAUUUGCUCCUCCAAUACAUGUUAUUGCACCUGCAAAUUUGCCGAAGCACCAGAUUAUAAGAGAUGCAUCGAACGUGAGAAACGAAUCCAAGAUGAAAAAAUUUGAUAGCUAUUUUUUCCUUCAUAAAGAAGACGUUGGAACAGGAUGUGAAGUAAGGAGUGUCUUGGCAAACUACCCAUCGGAUCCAAUCAAAAAAGUAGCAAGGUAUGAAAGGAUACAGUUCGCCUCUUCUAUAACUUUGAAGAAAACUAGCCAACAAAAUAGACGGUUUUCACUUUUAGUGGUUUUAGGCUGCUAUGUGAAGGGAAGACAUGACGGUAUUCAGCAGUCAUCACCUUAUCAUGAAUUGGAUCAUUAUGAUGAAGAGACUGACAUGACGUUUGUUCCAAUUCUAAUGGAGAAGACGCCGCCUCUCAUAAUAAGAGGAAGAUCUCCCUCUAACUAUUGCCAACAAAUCAAAGUCAUGCAUACCAAGAAAUCAGAUUUUGAUAAUGGUUCCCCACAAGAAAACGAUCUUGAUGUGCCAGCUGAUAAGAAAGAGCGGAAAAGGCGAGGACGAAAAAGUAAGCAACCAGAUCUUAAAACUACUGCAAAUGUGUCUCACGAUAGCGCUGGUCGAAUCCCAACACUUCUAACCAAUGGAUUGCCGUCCACAUUCGAAAUAUCACCGACUAGUGGUAACAUGAGAAUUAAGAAUAUACAACUGCACUCGUCAAGCACUGAGACCUCAUUUCCAAGAGGUUUCCAAUCUGAGUCAUUGUCAGUAGCAUAUUUCAGUAACAGUGCCACUCCCAUACAAGACUCGAUUUUUAAGAAGAGAAGACUUAAUAUUAGUAAACCUGUUGUACUGGAGUCAAACCUUGAAGAACCGCUGGAUGACAUUACAGAAAAUAUCUUUAAUACAAUAUCUUUUGAGGAAAGGACUCCAUCGAAAGAAAACAAAGAGCGAUUAUCUUCUACAAGCGUAUUCCUCCUGAAGCAUGUGACUUACGAUGUUUCAGAGCCUCCUGCGGUGGCAAUUCCCAGGGCCAUGCUUCCAAACAAGAUGGAAAUUUCCUACUGUUUGAAUGAUUAUUCAUCAAGUUUUAUCGAAUAUCCACCUCCUAGUACGUCACAUAAAAGAUUGCCUGGUUCGAGAAGGCUCUUAACAGCCUCCGGAAACCCUUCGGAUCUAUUAAACCCUGCAGACUGGUCGGAUGGGCCGAGCAUCUUCCGUCAUUAA